CGCAGGCGCUGCUGCUAUGCUGAGCGCCGCGUCUCGCGUAGUCUCCCGCGCCGCCGUCCCCUGCGCGCUUCGCUCCCCGCAGCCCGAGGCCCGCGCGCUGGCCAUGUCCCGGCCACCGCCACCGCGGGUCGCCACGGUGCUGGGCACUAUGGAGAUGGGGCGCCGCAUGGACGCGCCCGCCAGUGCCGCGGCCGUGCGCGCCUUUCUGGAGCGCGGCCACACCGAACUGGACACGGCCUUCAUGUACAGCGACGGCCAGUCCGAGACCAUCCUGGGCGGCCUGGGGCUCGGGCUGGGCGGCGGUGACUGCAGAGUGAAAAUUGCCACCAAGGCCAACCCUUGGGAUGGAAAAUCACUAAAGCCUGACAGUCUCCGGUCCCAGCUGGAGACAUCACUGAAGCGGCUGCAGUGUCCCCGAGUGGACCUCUUCUACCUACAUGCACCUGACCACAGCACUCCAGUCGAAGAGACACUGCGCGCCUGCCACCAGCUGCGCCAGGAGGGCAAGUUCGUGGAGCUUGGCCUCUCCAACUAUGCCGCCUGGGAAGUGGCCGAGAUCUGUACCCUCUGCAAGAGCAACGGUUGGAUCGUGCCCACUGUGUACCAGGGCAUGUACAACGCCACCACCCGGCAGGUGGAAACGGAGCUCUUCCCCUGCCUCAGGCACUUUGGACUGAGGUUCUAUGCCUACAACCCUCUGGCUGGGGGCCUGCUGACUGGCAAGUACAAGUAUGAGGACAAGGACGGGAAACAGCCUGUGGGCCGCUUCUUUGGGAAUAGCUGGGCUGAGACCUACAGGAAUCGCUUCUGGAAGGAGCACCACUUCCAGGCCAUUGCCCUGGUAGAGAAGGCCCUGCAGGCCGCAUAUGGCACAAGCGCCCCCAGCAUGACCUCGGCCGCCCUCCGGUGGAUGUACCACCACUCACAGCUGCAGGGUGCCCAUGGGGACACGGUCAUUCUGGGCAUGUCCAGCCUGGAGCAGCUGGAGCAGAACUUGGCAGCAACGGAGGAAGGGCCCCUGGAGCCGGCUGUCGUGGACGCCUUUAAUCAAGCCUGGCAUUUGGUUGCUCACGAAUGUCCCAACUACUUCCGCUAGGCCCAUCGUGGCUCAGGCUGCCCAAGGCUCUUCUGUCACCUCUUUUGUUCUCUCACACUGACCAGUCUUGGCCUUAAGCUGCCUCAGCAGAAUCUUUCUGGAUUGUCUAGAUCCAUGCAUUAUUUUUCUAGUUCCUGCCUUGCUCCCUGUUUACUUUACACUGUGAAAGGCGGGGGUGAAUCCCACUUGAGCACUCCCUGUUGAAUAAAGCAGGCACUUGACCUGGCUGUUGCCCAGGUCUUGAGUGAACCCCAAAAACUUG